AUGUUGUCAUAUAGAAUUUAUUCGAAAUUUCUUAUUGUUUUUUCGUUAAACUUUUGCUAUUCGCAAGAGUUUAAUGGAUUCGAUGAUAAUAUACUGUACAAAAUAAACUGGCCAGGUAAAUAUGUCACUGACCGAUUGGUGAAGGAACAAGACGAAAACACGUUAAAUGUAAAAACAGCUAUUGGUGAAUCAUAUCAAUGUUUUUUACCAAAGAAAGAUAAAGUAAAUAAAGAAUCCGAUACAACUUAUAACGGACCUAGCCCAUUGGAACUGUUAUCUCCAUUAUUCACAAAACAAGCUUGCUCUUAUAGAAUCGAUACUUAUUGGAAUUAUGAGGUAUGCCAUGGGCGGCAUGUCCGUCAAUAUCAUAACGAUAUCGAAGAGAAGGCACAAAAAGAGGAAGAGUACUUCCUAGGAAAAUGGAAAAUGUUUGAUAGUCUUAAAUUAGAGGAGGAACUGAAAAGAUUAGCAAAUUUAAAUCAUCCAGGACCAACAAUGACAAGAAAAGUUGAUGGUGUAAGCCUACCCUAUUUUAAAAUGAACAUGUCUGACGGCACAGUUUGUGACCUCAGUGGUAGACCAAGACAAACCAAUGUCUUGUAUAUUUGUCAUCCUCAACCCAAACAUAAUGUGUUUUCAGUAAAAGAAACAGCCACAUGCCAAUAUGAAGUAAUCAUUUUAACAUACUUUUUAUGCACACAUCCUUGGUACAAGCCACCAAUCAUUAAUGAAUUAAAUAUUGAUUGCCUUCCAAUUGGUGAUUCAAUGAGUAAGCCCCACAAUUUGAAAGUCCUUCAGUCUAAAACAUCUAAAUUGAAAAAGCAAAUAAAUAAGCUAACUGAUCCUCCCAAUGAAAAGGAAAAUUUCAUAUUCGCUGCUUCAAUAGAUAAGAACGGAGAAACCAAUAUACAGGUUAAAAUACAACCAAAUAAAGAAUCAGAAUUAAAUUUUUCAAAAGAAGAUUCUUUAUUAACGCACUCCAAAACACCAAACAAUGAAAUUAAAGAGUAUGUGAAUGGAGAUUUAUGUUUAUAUGGAGGUUCUGGGUGGUGGAAAUAUGAAAUAUGUUACAAUAAAUACAUACGACAAGUGCACAAAGAAAAAGGAAAACAGGAAGAAAUUGUUGUUUUGGGAACGUUAAAUAUAGAUGAACAUAUAAAGUGGGUAUCUCAAAAUCCACAGAAAACACCUAAACUUGAUGCUUUUGGCAAGAAAAGAGUUAUAUCUCAUUUUUACUCUUCAGGAUCUGUCUGUCAAAAAACUGGUGAUAAACGAGAGACUGAGGUACGAUAUAAAUGUGUAAAAGAUCGGUAUAACGAAGAAUCAGUAGUGCUCUAUUUGUUAGAGCCAAAAACAUGUAAAUACAUCUUGACAAUAGAAUCACCGUCACUAUGUGAAAUAAUUAAUGGGCCAAUGGAUGAAUAUGGAAUUUUCAACAUCUAG